UUGGCAACACUUAGCUUUCAACACAGAUGUUCCUGUUUACCGCUUCUUUUUGCACGCAUAACCCUAAAUAAACAAUCGGUUUGCUAAUAAACAAAAGUUGAGGGGUAUAAUUUUUCCAGAAAAAAAUACACAAUUGCAACAAAUAUAGCAAUGGCUGAUGCAAAAGUCAAUACAUUUUUCAUCUCAGAAAAGAUUUCCAAGGUGCGUUGGGUACCAGAGCAACUGCGUGAAAGCGAAAGAUUUCUGACCGGUAGCUGGGAUAUGCCAAAGAAUUUUUUGCGUAUCUGGCGCUUGCAUCGGAAUCAAUAUGAUGGCUCGGAAUACAAUGAAUUUGUUCCCAGAUGUAGUGAUAAGCUGGCUAUGAAUGGCGAUGUUACGGGCAUUGAAUUUGUUACAGACGAUACAGCUGUAGUAAGUUGUAGCGAUGGCCGCGUAACCUUGUUUAGAAUUAAAAAGGCUGUGGAAGAAGACGUUUUACUAAAGGAAGCCAAUAGUGAGCUAUUACACAGUUUUAUAGCUAGUGGCAAAUGUUCCAGUUGUUCAUCUAUUUCCGUAUAUGGCAAAGAUGUGGCUACAGUUGGAGAAGAUGGCCGUUUAAAUAUUGUCGAUACACAGGCUCACUUAGCUGUGCGACGUUCCAUAGAAGCCGAUAGUUGCUCACUGCUAUCUGUUCUUUAUGUUAAUCCCCAAGAAGUGUUGACAGCCAAUCGUAUGGGUAUUAUACGGAUGUUUGAUAUAAGAUCGUCUUCUGAUGGAUCUGCAACUACGGCCUUUAUGACCUCAUGCGAAGAUGAAAAACGCUGUAACUAUGUUUCCUGCUUAACAUCUCAUCCAACACAGCCACAUGUUGUGAUGGCCGGCUCUGAAGAGGGUUCCAUUACGGUUUGGGAUUUAAGAAAUCCAGGAUAUCCUGCCUCAUAUUUAUCGGCCCACACUAGUCCCAUAACUGAUAUUGGUUUUCAUCGUUCCGAUCCAUCUAAGCUGUUUACCACUGCCGAAGCAGGUGAACUAUGGCUUUGGGCACAACAUCCAACCAUGAGUGGUGGUGUACACCGUGCUAUGGAACCAUCAACGACCGCAACAGAAAAUACCAAUCCAUGGUUGAACGGAGAACGUGCCAAAAAUCGCAUAAGUGUUACGGCUCUAAUGACAGACUUGCGAAAGGCAAUUAAUUCAUUCGAUACACAAAGUUCUAAGAUAAUCUGUGGAAGUGAUAGUGAAGCAAUUUAUUUUGUAGAUAAUGUAUUAUAAGGCAACAACGAUUUUGACCCUGGUGGUGAAGAUUGAAGUGGAUGCAAGUUAAAAAAAUUAAUUAAUGUAAGAUUUUUCUGUCUUUUAUGGAAUCAUAGUUUUAACAUUUCAUAUUUUUGUUUCUUUUAGAAUAGCACAAACUUAAAAAAAUUAAAGCAAAUAAUUGAAAAAAUAAUCGUAAGAACUUCAAAAACUCGUGAAAUCAUUACAGUAUAUCAAGAUUCCCAUUUGAAUAGAAAUUAACAUAAGUUAAGAUAAGCAAGAUUAAAAUUAACUUUUUAAGCUUGGUAAGUUGGUUUCAUUUAUUUCAUAUUUUUGUAUGUAUGUACUUAUUUCUUAGAUUUGCUGAUAUGAUUUUCGACAUUGUUCAACUCAUGCCGCUUUGCAACAUUAUAGACUUCAAAAUUUUCCUCAACGUUUUGUAUCUUAUAUGUUAAGACCAGUAUGUAGAAACGCUUCCUGCAACUAACUGUGAGAAAAAUUCCAUUGUUCAGCUGAGCAUCCUGAUAUUCCGUGAUGUAAAGGUUCAAUUCCCAAUAACCAACCGAUUUGCCUGUGAUUUUACACUUGAACUCCUGUUUUU